AUGUCAUUUCUUCCAAUUGUUAUUAAUAUAUCAAAUCGAUUUGUAUUUUUCUUAUGUCUUCUUGUUAUUUUAUUUCAUUCACCAUGCUCAACUAUGAUGAUGCCAGGCAAUUUAUAUGAUGUUAAUCCAUGUGUUACAUGUAAAACAAUAAGUGAUAAAUUUGUUGAGGGUUAUAGAAAGACAGCUAAAAGUAAUUUUGGAGGAGGUAAUACAGAUUGGGAAGAGAAAAAAUUGAAAGGAUAUGCAAAAAGUGAAACUCGUCUAAUCGAAAUAAUGGAAGAUGCAUGUUCAAAAUCCGAAUCUCAAUGUAGUACUUUUCUUGAAAAAUAUGAAGAUCAAAUUGAAGAAUGGUAUCAAACAACUUCACCAGAAUUAAUUGAUAAUUUUUAUCAAUGGUUAUGUCUUGAUACAGCAAAAGUUUGUUGUCCUGAAGGAACAUUUGGUAAAAAUUGUCGACAAUGUCAUUAUGGUGAUAAUAAACGUGUGUGUUCAGGCAAUGGAAACUGUGAUGGUGAUGGUACAAGAUCAGGUAAUGGUCGUUGUAUAUGUGAUACAAAAUAUAGUGGAACAAAUUGUUCAAAUUGUCAAAAUGGUUAUACAAAAUCAAUAGAUGAAAAUAAUCAAGUGAUAUGUUCAGAUGUUGAUGAAUGUCGUUCAAAUUUAUUUAUUUCACCUUGUAUUUUUUAUAAAUGUAAUAAUACAGAUGGUGGAUAUGAAUGUUAUGGUGAACCAUUCUUUCGUCAAUUACCAAAAAUGAGUACAUUAGCUGUUCUUCUUCUUACAUGUAGUAUUUUAAUGUAUAAAGAAAUGUAUGGUCUUGCAUCAUUAGCUUGUAUCAUGACUAGUAUAGUGUUAAUACUUUUUGCAAAAAAUAUUUUGUGA